CGACGCCACCAUCGAGUCGGGGCUGGUGCACGACUUCGAUGCCAGCCUGUCCGGCAUCGGGCAGGAGCUGGGGGCAGGAGCCUACAGCAUGAGGUUAGAGACGGAGUCAACAACAUGCCAAUCCCGGCUUCAUAGCACAGUAGUGGGUCGUUAAGGCAGAACAACACCAACUCUGUCUCCAAGUGUUAACAUUGCAGCCUCCCCCCCUGCCUGGGUGUGUUAUUCCCUUUGUGCUGGGUGUGAUGGUUUCUCUUUGUUUUGGGAUUUGGAGCAGGGCAGACACUGCAGGGUGCCACGAUCAGGGACAAAGAUUAAUUUCUCUAAACCCACACAAAAGCAAUGGAAAGACAUGUGUAAUACUGCCAUGGACAAAGAUAUCAGUUCCUCCUGUUUGUCAGCUGGGUCUGCUGCCAAAAGAUACCUAAACUUUGUGUUGCACUCAGCUCAUCUGCAGGGAAGGCCUUGUUUUGGCCUCUCAGAAGCUGGUGUUUCUGUGCACCACAGUGUGAAAGCAGAAAAUGGUCAAUUGUGUGUGAUCUGAUGGGACUUGUGUUGGUCUUCUUGACUAGGACACGCUCUAGUUUGUUGUCAUCUGCUCUCCUUGCAGCACAGGACGCACCUGAACAUCAUUUCUGAAAUGAAAGCAGGUGUUUUGUCCAACAGUUUUCUGCUGCUGAGAUCCAAGACUGAUGAUUCAUGAUGAUGAACAUUUAGUGUCUUGUGUUUUUUGCUCCUUUUGGCAUCUCUGAAGGUUCUAUGAUUUCACUUCCUAUGAAGUUUUUCUAAGAAAGUGUGACAGCCAGUUAGUCAUUGGAGCAACUCCUGAGUGUUGUAUAGCAACGCUGUGACAAAACAGAGAGUUUGUAGUUUACUUUACUCCUUCCUUGAUGUGACAUUUCUUCAUUCAAACAUCGUUUCUACUCAGAUGCAACAAGACAUUCGGCCUGUUUUGGGUUGUUUGAUAUAAAAUGCCAGCUAUGCUCCUCACUCCGUGGUAUAAUAAACACAAGUCUUGUUAUGAUGUCAGUUCCACCAUCAUAUUUGCACUGAUGUCAAACAUUCUCAAAUGAAACCCAGCUCCAGCACAGCGCUUUUCACUGUGCAGAAAGUGUACGAAACACACACAGUCCAGCAACAAAUGUUCAUCUUCAUGGUGCCAGUUUUAAACAAGCUUCGCAGCAGUACUUGAUCAUUCGCUUAAUUCAGAGACGUGACAGCUUUCUGCAUCAAUGAAAUGCUGGUUAGUCAUUACUACUUGAUGAUUGUUUCCUGCAUCUGUGUUUCUUUAAUGAUUAAAGAAGGACUUUGCUGGCACUGGAGUGGUAUUGUUGUAAACCACCUGUUCAAUUAGUAAUUCUUACUAUGUGUGCAGUGUAUUAUGUAAUAGGUGAGUGAUAUUUGUGUGACGCAGCCAAGACCUCCCAGAACAUGCAUGUGUCUUAUCAGCAGCCUUCUCAUCCAUCUGCUUUUAGCGUGCGUUUAUCUGAGUGUGACGUCGGUGUGUGCCACUCACUUAUGAGUGCAAGCAAGUUUACCAAUACUCCAGUGCUGGUAUGCGGUGAUGUGCUGGCUCUGCCGAUCUUUAAGCAGGAGGACUCCAGCCUUCCUCCUGAAAGCGAGACCAAAAAUCCCCCAUUCCAGUAUGUGCUGUGCGCCGCCACCUCGCCCGCCGUCAAGCUGCACGACGAGACGCUCACAUACCUAAACCAAGGCCAGUCUUAUGAGGUGCGUAUGUUGGACAACAGGAAGCCAGGGGAGUUACCAGAGCUCAACAACAAGAUGGUGAAGAGCACAGUGCGAGUAGUGUUUCACGACCGUCGGCUGCAGUACACAGAGCACCAGCAGCUGGAGGGCUGGAAGUGGAAUCGUCCUGGCGACCGUCUCCUUGACAUCGAUAUUCCAAUGUCAGUGGGCAUCGUGGAGCCGAAGACUCACCCCUCCCAGCUCAACGCUGCUGAGUUUCUGUGGGACAUGAACAAAAGAACUUCUGUUUUCGUGCAGGUGCACUGCAUCAGCACAGAGUUCACUCCCAGGAAGCACGGCGGAGAGAAGGGCGUCCCCUUCAGGAUCCAGAUCGACACGUUCACCCAGGGAGACAGCGGAGAGUACACAGAGCACCUCCACUCUGCCUCCUGCCAAAUCAAAGUCUUCAAGCCAAAGGGGGCGGACCGCAAGCAAAAGACUGACAGGGAGAAGAUGGAGAAACGCACACCUCAAGAGAAGGAAAAGUACCAGCCUUCUUAUGAUACCACUAUUCUGUCAGAGACGAGGCUUGAGCCCAUCAUAGAAGAUGCGGGCGACCACGAGCUGAAAAAGUCCAGCAAGCGGACACUUCCCGCUGAUUGUGGCGACUCCUUGGCCAAGAGAGGCAGUUGUUCCCCGUGGCCAGACAACGCCUACGCCAGCACCAACCAGGCAGCUACUCCCUCCUUCACCUCCACCCCGCUGUCCACCUACACCACCUCCUCAGUACUGGACAGCGACUCGUCCUCUCCCAAUCACCAGGCAGACCCUGGCAGCCAUGGCAACUCGGAGCAGUUGAGCCCCACUGCCUCCAUACAGGACACACAGAAGUGGCUGCUGAAAAAUCGCUUCAGCUCCUACACACGGCUCUUCUCUCACUUCUCAGGUUCUGAUUUGUUGAAGCUAACCCGGGACGACCUGGUCCAGAUUUGUGGGCCAGCAGAUGGGAUCAGACUCUUUAAUGCACUCAAAUCCAGGUCGGUGCGUCCCAGGUUGACGGUGUACGUCUGUCAGGAGUCGCCUCAGGAGAGCCCCCUGCUGGAGAGACACGGCACCAACGAAAACGGAGAACACAGCAUCUCCUCUAGUUUACAUGUGUAUCACGCUCUGUACCUAGAGGAGCUCACGGCUGCAGAGCUCAUCCGCAAGAUGGCGUGUGUGUGCAGCCUUCCACUGGGAAAGAUCAACCAGGUGUACAGACAGGGUCCUACAGGGAUACACAUCCUGCUGAGUGACCAGAUGGUUUACAACUUGCCUGACGAGAGCUGUUUUUUGAUCAGCACUGUCAAAGAUGAGUUGGGCGAAGGCCUCCAUCUAAUCCUGAAGUAGUGAGGAGGACAGAUGGCAUCACUAAUACUCCACCCUCUGUUUUGGAGCUGAAGCCUCCCUCUGUCCCUCUCUGCCUGCCUCUACUCUUUUCCUUCUACGUCCUCCCCGUCUCUCCAAACAGAUCGCUCGACGGAAAGCAGAGAAGACUGCGCUAAAGCCAUGUAAAUGUUAGAAUCUGACAUGGGUGUGUCCACUGUUUCAUAUUGAAAACAUUAUUAACAGAGGAGAUUAGUUAAAAGAAGGAGAGACUGGGGGAGGAUACGGGAUUAGGAGGAAAGUUAACAAUGUUCUAUGUAUUUUUUUGAUUGAUUAUUUUAUUUUAUUUUAAAUUUUUUUUUUUUUGUCUUUUUAUAUGGUUUCUGUGUGGAGAAGGGAGGGUGGAGGCUCCAGGAGAGAGGGCUGGGUGGUGUUCUGGCCGGCAGGAGAAGGAAAGAAAGCAGAGUUUCCUUAUUGCUCGUUGCCCUUCCUACACAGCGCACACAACCAGCACUAGGCCAGUAUUUGAUAACCUGUACUGCUGAACAGCAUGCGAUCUCAUACUAACUUGCUUCUAAAAGGAGAAUCCCACCUUUAUUCUGCUUGUUUAACAUUCUCGACGGGGUUGUCUUAAUUAACCAUUUAUUGAUCAGCUCAGCUUGGUAACCCCCUCCCCCCACCUGAAAUAUCCGGGCUAAAUUUGUGGAGACGGCGUCAUUUGCGGAUGUUGACGCCACGGUUUUUUAAUUUUUAAUUUUUUUUUUUCCUUGGACUUUGUCGGAUGGACUGAUUUCAUUAACUCUCGUCACGUAGCGUCGUCCUAUGUGACUUAGACUGACAGCCAUAUCUCUGUGUUGACACAACGUCCCGCUCAGCUCUCCUCACGUACGUCCUGUUUGGCCUGCGCUUUUACCGUUUUUAUUUAUGGAUCAGCUGUUUCUAUUGCUCCCAUUACUUGUUUCUGGUGCCAUAUUGGCUUUUUUUUUUGGUUGUUUGUUUAGCUCAAGCUUUUACUCACAUUUACACACACGGAGCACAUACACUUGAUCUUCACCUCCUCUGCUUUGUGCACCGACUUUGAACACCGGUUUAGAGAAGGAUGGUUCUGGGAUUUUAGCCGUAAAGAUGCAAGAAAAGAUAAAAACCUCUUAAGAUUAGCAUCUGGUGGAGCAGUAAUGCCUAUCUAAGAAAAAAAAAAACCUACUAUAAAGUGGACCAAACAGGUUUCGGAUUGAUAGGCGUUUUCUUUUGAGGCGGUCUUGAUCAUUAGAAGCAUUAAUAGAGUUGCUCAGAAGUGGAGUUGCUUGUGCGCUGAAGUAAUAAAUCCUCCAUUCCAGAUUCUGCUUUGCAAGAAACAAGCCGCCCUGCAGCAGGCUGGUGGACAUGCAUCACCUGGUUUCAGCAGUCUUACUCGGUAGACUAGAAAAACCACGGCAGCACCACAUCCAUUCUCAGAAUCUUGUGUUUUCAAUGUAGCUGAACACGGGAAGAACAGGUCACGUGGUUCGAGUGCCCUUAUCUUUGAAAAGCGACGGGACUCCUGGGAGUCGGCGUUGGUUUAGUUGACCUUUUGGUUUUGGUACACAGCGUCUGAAGUGCACAGUUUACACUUCAACGUGUCGGUGAUUCAGAAUGCGUGUGUGUGUGCAUGUGUUUUUUUUUUUGUUUUUUUUUUUGUUCCUGCAAAGAGACUUCAUUAUGUCAUAAACUUUUUUCCUGUUGGUAUGAAGAAACUGUGUUUAGCUUGCUAUUUAGUAAAGAGCAUGUGGAAGACGGCGAAAGAUGGAAUUUUUGUCAGUGAGUGUAACCCCUCCUUUUUCCAACUGUUAGAGACCAAGCCUGCACUGAAUAAAUUCACAAAAUUCAAGCUUGAUGUGUAGUCAGUAGUCCUACAGCCCCACCCUCUUCUUAUCCGCCUAACGAGAAGGAGAACAACAACAAAAAAAAAACACAAAACAAAAAAAAUCAAGAAUGUCGAGACUAAAGAGCGUCUGUGUUUUUGUCUCACCACGCGCCAGAGCCGGGACUGUAGCUCUUGUGGUGUUUACGAGGACAUGAGUACCACAGCACAGAAAACUGUGUCCAUCAACUCAGAAAUUAGCGAGAACGGAGCGGACGCGAUACCGAGUCGAGCUAACUCGUUCUGGUCCGCUACAGGCCUGACCGACCUGCGUGUCUGUCUGUGAUUGUGUGUGAGAGUGCGAGCAGGAGAGGUGACCACUGUUAAUGUACAGCCUAAUGUCGAUGAUGAUGCUUCUCAUGUGCACAGUAUCAUAUGCUGGAGAUGUACACAACCACAUGUGCUGGGAAUAAAUGAUUUCAUAACUUUC